AUGGCCUUGCCAAUCUUCCAGAACUCGAUCCCACAGGAGAUGGCGGAGGAGAUGAGGAUGAGGACGUGUUCUGGCUACAACCACCACCUUCACCUCUCCCUCCCUGUCCCACUGACCGAUUCCCUCAACUUCAAUUCAUUCGCCCACCCGCCAUUCAACCCCUUUCCCUCUCCGUUCACCCGCCUACCUCCCUCAUUCACCCGCCUACCUCCCUCAUUCACCCGCCUACCUCCCUCAUUCACCCGCCUACCUCCCUCAUUCACCCGCCUACCUCCCUCAUUCACCCGCCUACCUCCCUCAUUCACCCGCCUACCUCCCUCAUUCACCCGCCUACCUCCCUCAUUCACCCGCCUACCUCCCUCAUUCACCCGCCUACCUCCCUCAUUCACCCGCCUACCUCCCUCAUUCACCCGCCUACCUCCCUCAUUCACCCGCCUACCUCCCUCAUUCACCCGCCUACCUCCCUCAUUCACCCGCCUACCUCCCUCAUUCACCCGCCUACCUCCCUCAUUCACCCGCCUACCUCCCUCAUUCACCCGCCUACCUCCCUCAUUCACCCGCCUACCUCCCUCAUUCACCCGCCUACCUCCCUCAUUCACCCGCCUACCUCCCUCAUUCACCCGCCUACCUCCCUCAUUCACCCACCUACCUCCCUCAUUCACCCACCUACCUCCCUCAUUCACCCCCCUACCUCCCUCAUUCACCCACCUACCUCCCUCAUUCACCCACCUACCUCCCUCAUUCACCCGCCUACCUCCCUCAUUCACCCACCUACCUCCCUCAUUCACCCGCCUACCUCCCUCAUUCACCCGCCUACCUCCCUCAUUCACCCGCCUACCUCCCUUUUUUACCCCCUCACCUCAACAUGCAUGGCCUUGCCAAUCUUCCAGAAUUCAAUCCCGCAUGAGAUGGCGGAGGAGAUGA